CUAGAAAAAAAAAAAAAAAAAGAAAGGUGUCCAGGCGCUAGCUGACACUGACAGGCACACUGCACCAGACUGCUAGCCCCUUUAGCCUGCAGCUAAACAGUAACUACUGCAAACAUGCAGGAAUGGGCGAACCAGUUAUGCGAGAAUCGACAAUUUGGAUCCAAGAUGACGGACUCCAAGUACUUCACCACUACUAAGAAAGGGGAGAUCUUUGAGCUCAAGGCAGAGCUAAACAGUGAUAAGAAAGAGAAGAAGAAGGAGGCUGUGAAGAAGGUCAUUGCUUCUAUGACAGUGGGCAAGGAUGUGAGUGCCCUGUUUCCAGAUGUUGUGAACUGCAUGCAGACGGACAACUUGGAACUGAAAAAGCUGGUCUACCUCUACCUGAUGAACUAUGCCAAGAGUCAGCCAGACAUGGCUAUCAUGGCUGUUAACACCUUUGUAAAGGACUGUGAAGACCCUAACCCUCUAAUCCGGGCCCUUGCUGUCCGUACAAUGGGCUGCAUCCGUGUGGACAAGAUCACAGAGUACCUCUGUGAGCCCCUGAGGAAAUGCCUAAAGGACGAAGACCCAUAUGUGAGGAAGACAGCUGCUGUGUGUGUAGCAAAGCUCCAUGAUAUCAACGCCCAGUUGGUGGAGGACCAGGGCUUCCUUGACACCCUUAAAGACCUCAUAUCGGACUCCAACCCUAUGGUUGUAGCAAAUGCAGUGGCAGCGCUGUCUGAGAUAGCAGAGUCUCACCCCAACAGUAACCUACUGGACCUGAACCCUCAGACCAUCAAUAAGUUGCUGACAGCUUUAAAUGAGUGCACAGAGUGGGGGCAGAUAUUCAUUCUCGAUUGCCUGGCCAAUUACACACCUCGCGAUGACCGUGAGUCCCAAAGCAUCUGCGAGCGCGUGACUCCGCGGCUCUCACAUGCCAACUCUGCAGUGGUGUUGUCAGCAGUUAAAGUUUUGAUGAAGUUCAUGGAGAUGCUGCCCAAAGACCUGGACUACUAUGGCACCCUGCUGAAGAAGCUGGCCCCUCCACUGGUCACUCUCCUCUCUGCUGAGCCCGAGUUGCAAUAUGUGGCCCUCAGAAACAUCAACCUCAUCGUACAGAGACGCCCAGAGAUCCUGAAACACGAGAUGAAGGUUUUCUUUGUAAAAUACAAUGACCCAAUAUAUGUCAAACUGGAGAAGCUGGAUAUCAUGAUUCGCCUAGCAUCUCAAGCCAACAUUGCUCAGGUGCUGGCUGAGCUGAAGGAGUACGCCACUGAGGUGGAUGUGGACUUUGUCCGUAAAGCGGUCAGAGCCAUUGGCCGCUGUGCCAUUAAAGUAGAGCAAUCAGCAGAGCGCUGUGUCAGCACACUGCUGGACCUCAUCCAAACCAAGGUCAACUAUGUGGUGCAGGAGGCCAUUGUGGUCAUCAAGGACAUUUUCCGCAAGUACCCCAACAAGUACGAGAGUGUGAUUGCCACUCUGUGUGAGAACCUGGACUCCCUGGAUGAGCCGGAGGCACGUGCUGCCAUGAUCUGGAUUGUGGGAGAGUAUGCUGAGCGCAUUGACAAUGCUGAUGAGCUUCUGGAGAGCUUUUUGGAGGGUUUCCACGAUGAAAGCACUCAGGUGCAGCUGCAGCUACUGACCGCAAUCGUCAAGUUGUUCCUGAAAAAGCCCACAGAGACCCAGGAGUUAGUGCAGCAGGUGUUGAGCCUAGCCACACAGGACUCUGAUAACCCAGACCUCAGGGACCGUGGCUACAUCUACUGGCGUCUGCUCUCCACAGACCCCGUGGCCGCUAAGGAGGUGGUUCUGGCUGAGAAGCCCCUGAUCUCUGAGGAGACAGAUCUGAUUGAGCCCACACUGCUGGAGGAGCUUAUCUGCCACAUUGGUACUCUGGCCUCUGUCUACCACAAGCCCCCCAGUGCCUUUGUAGAGGGCAGUCGUGGCGUUCAGCAUAAGAGACUCCCUGGCAGUGCUGGAUCUGGGGAGAGUGUUGACAGCCCAGACACAGUUUCUGCUGCUGGAGUUUCUGAGGCGCCCCCUGCUGUCAUUCCAUCCCAGGGAGACCUCCUGGGAGAUCUGCUUAACCUGGACCUGACACCUCCUACCACCUCCGGACCACCUCCAGUCCCCUCCUCUGGGAUGCAGAUGGGUGCUAUGGACCUUCUUGGAGGAGGACUGGACAGCCUGCUUGGCGGAGACCUUGGAGGAAGUCCUGCUAUGGGGGCUGGUUUUGGUGCUCCUCCAGCUGUGAUGCCAGCCUCUUUCAGUGCCCCUAUGAGUGGCGGUCUGGAUGAUCUGUUUGAUCUCGGAGGUGGAGUCGGUAUGCCUAUGGGAGCCUACAGCCCCCCUAAAACAGUUUGGCUUCCAGCCAUGAAGGCCAAGGGUCUAGAGAUAUCCGGCACUUUUGCCCGCCGUGCUGGUGUCAUCCAAAUGGAGAUGACCCUCACUAAUAAAGCAAUGAGUGUCAUGACUGAUUUUGCAAUCCAGUUUAACAGAAACAGCUUUGGUCUUGCUCCGGCUGGUCCACUCCAGGUUCUCACUCCUCUUAGUCCAAACCAGACUAUUGAAGUGGCCCUUCCCCUCAGUACUGUGGGACCUGUCAUGAAGAUGGACCCUCUCAGUAACCUGCAGGUGGCUGUUAAGAACAACAUUGACGUAUUCUACUUCAGCUGCCAGUACCCCAUCAGCAUGCUGUUUGUAGAGGACGGGAAGAUGGAGCGACAGGUGUUCCUCGCCACAUGGAAAGACAUUCCAAAUGACAAUGAGGCGCAGUUUCAGAUCAAGGACUGCCAUCUCAACUCAGAUGCAGCCUCUAACAAACUGCAGGGUAGCAACGUCUUCACCAUAGCCAAGCGUACAGUGGAGGGUCAGGACAUGCUGUAUCAGUCAAUGAAACUCACCAAUGGCAUCUGGGUGCUGGCUGAGCUGAGGGUGCAGGCAGGAAACCCAAACUACACGAUCUCUCUGAAGUGCAGAGCUCCAGAGGUUUCCCAGUGUGUGUUCCAGAGCUACGAGGCGAUUCUGAAGAACUGAAAAAAAAAAAA